AUGGCCUCUGUUGAACCUACCAUUGCCUCCACUGUUGCUGCAGCCGACUCGGCUAAAACAGCUUGGGACACCUUGUAUGCCACCUAUGCAAAUAGGUCUCAAACCAGGGUCUUCGGCCUGCGUGAUCAACUUGCCCGCAUCGCUAAAGACUCUCGCUCCAUCACCGAAUAUCUUCAAACUAUUCGGUCCUUCUCAGAUGAGUUAGCCACUGUGGGUGCCCCUGUGUCCAACCCCGAACUCAUCGUCAAAAUACUCAGUGGUCUAGGCCCUGAGUUUCGUGAGAUCUCUGCUGCCAUUCGUGCACGUGACACAAAUGUCACCUAUGAGGAAUUGUUUGAAAAGUUACUGGAUCAUGAACUCUUCCUCUGUCACGAGGAUGCUAAGAAACUAUCCAACCCUAUCACUGUUGCAGUUGCCACAAACACCAAUUAUCGCAACAAUCGCAGGCAGAACAAUAAUUUCCAGAAUGGGCGCCAGAAUUCACACUCUAACACUCAACCACAGCGACAGCCAAACACGAGCCCAAAUACUGUUGUUCGCUACCAACUAUGUAACAGGAUUGGCCACACCGCCUGA